AUGGCAGUCGACAAGGAGCUCGCUACUGCGCCUGUGGCGUCUGAAGACGACAAACAGGAUAUCGAUAUGGUUGAAAGGGUCAUGUCUGGGGAUACCGACCUGCAGAAAGACCACGUAAAUUACAAUCGUAUCGACAAAGAGCUUGCGAAGUAUACCGACGCUACUGCUAUCGCGAUCAGCCCCGAGGAAAACAUGCGGUUGAAGAAGAUGGUUGACAGGCGUGUGCUGCCAGUUAUGGUCUUCACGUACUUCCUCCAGGCCCUUGAUAAAGGCACCCUAUCCUUCGCCUCCAUCAUGGGCAUCCAAACAGACGCCAAUUUGCACGGGCAGCAAUACCCCUGGCUGACCACAUGUAUCUAUAUCGCCAUCCUUUUUGUCGAAUACCCAACCAACCGCAUUAUCCAGCACGUGCCCAUUGCCAAAUAUCUCGGCUUCAACAUUAUCGCCUGGGGUACUGUGCUCGCCUUCCACGCCCUCACCCACAACUUCGCCGGCCUCGUCGCCGUGCGUGUGCUGCUCGGUAUCUUCGAAGCCGUAUGCCAGCCCAGUUUCAUGGUCAUGAGCAGCAUGUGGUAUAAGCGUGAGGAGCAAGCUCAGACCGUCACUUACUGGUACAUGAUGAACGGCGCCCAACAGAUUGUGGGCGGCCUGCUCGCAUACUGCUUCACUCUCAUCGGCAACGAUAAAGCGAUCAAGUCUUGGCAAGCGAUAUUCCUGUGCUACGGUAUCUUCAGCGUGUUCUGGGGCGUAUUUGUGCUCUUUUGGCUGCCCGACAGUCCUAUGCGCGCAAAAUGCUUCUCCGAAGCCGACAAACACUUGCUCGUUGAGCGCGUGCGCUCUAACCAGACUGGUCUGCAGAACAAGACAUACAGACGCGAACAGGUGAUUGAGGCGCUGACGGAUGUGCAAACGUGGUGUUAUGGUCUUAUCGCUAUUUGCACAACGCUGCCGACUAGUGGGCUGGGUGCAUUUGCGAACAUCAUCAUCAAGGGGUUCAAUUUCACCACGCUACAGGUACAAUUGUUGGCGAUGGUAUUGGGUGCGUACAUCAUUAUCGUGCUUAUGAGCUCAAUGUGGCUGGUCAAGAGGUUCAAUCAGACCUGCUUCAUCAUGGGGCUCUAUGUCAUCCCUUCCUUCGUCGGCACGAUAGUCCUCAUGACGGUUGUUAACACCUCCAAGGCAACCCAAGGCGGCCUGCUCUUCUCCUACUACAUCGUCCUCUCUUUCUGGGCCGCCCAAACACUCUCCAUGUCGCUCAUCUCCCGCAACGUCGCCGGCCAAACCAAGAAAACGGUUGUCGUAGCCUUCAACUUCGUCUGCUGGGCCGGUGGCAAUGCCGCCGGCAGUCAAGUGUUUCUGUCCUGGGACGCACCCAGAUACUUUAUUGCGUUUUCGACGCAUAUGGGGUGUUAUGUGUUGUUAGUGAUUGUGAUCAUAGUGCUGCGGACGCAUCUAGUGAGGCAGAACCGGAAGAAGGAUGAGUUGGCUGCGGCGGGGGUGAAAGAGGCGAAGGAUGAGAAGCUGGUGCAUGCUUUUGAGGAUUUGACGGACAGAGAGAAUGCCAAUUUUCGGUAUAUGAUAUAA